AUGCAGGAAGAUGAGCGUGGCUUCGCAGCCCCGCAUGGGGCCGCAGUGUCGUCCCAGCCCGGGUGUGACGACUCAGGUGCCGGGGGUGCACGGUGGCCGCGGGAGCCUCCGGAGCAGGAGCUGAAGCAGUGGCGGCACAACGCACAGCAGCUGCAGCAGCUCAAGCACCUGGAGUCCUUUUAUGAAAAACCUCCUCCUGGGCUUAUCAAGGAAGAUGAGACUAAGCCAGAAGACUGUAUACCAGAUGUCCCAGGCAAUGAACAUGCCAGGGAAUUUCUGGCCCAUGCACCAACCAAAGGACUUUGGAUGCCACUGGGGAAAGAAGUCAAAGUCCUGCAGUGUUGGUGCUGUAAACGAUAUGGUCACCAAACAGGCGACAAAGAAUGCCCUUUUUUUAUCAAAGGCAACCGAAAGUUAGAACAGUUCAGAGUAGCACAUGAAGAUCCCAUGUAUGACAUCGUACGAGAGAAUAAAAGACAUGAAAAGGAUGUAAGGAUACAACAGUUAAAACAGUUACUGGAGGAUUCAACAUCAGAUGAAGAUGGGAGCAGCUCCAGUUCCUCAGAAUGUAAAGAGAAACACAAGAAAAAGAAGAAAGGAAAGCAUAAGAAAAAGAAAAAACGAAAGCAUAAGUCUUCUAAGUCAAAUGAGAGUUCAGACUCAGAAUGACAAGAGCUUGACUUGUUCAACAUUCUCUUCUCAAAAAUCAAACACUGUGGCCAAAGAUCAGAGGAAUGUGGAAUCAGAGAGGAAUAGGA